GAUGUCUGCAACCACAACAACACCUUCUACUGUUGGCAACAAGAUGUUUUCCAUAUUGGUGGUGCUCAUAGGGUUGGUGGUACCUGGAGUGAGGGUGCAGCAACUCCCAUGGGAUUAUAUGAAUCCCGCGAUCAACCCGCUUUGCUACCCGCCUUACGGAGAUGGUUGGGGAGGAGGUUGGGGUGGAGGAGGAAAUGGAAAUGGAUAUCCAAAUGGUUGGGGAGGUGGUGGUAAUGGUGGUGGUGGUUGGGGUGGAGGUUAUGAGUUCCCCAAUUACCCUAUCCGGAAACCUGAAGGAGUUUAUACCAUCUGUUUGGAUUCGAGGCAUUUCUACGAGUUAGGGGAAUAUGCUGCCUACCUAGAGGAUAAACUCCUGCAGCAGUUCUUCCGUCCUACUAAUCCUUAUUUACCUAGGAUUCGUAUUACUAUGCAGGAUCCGGUGGGUCCGGGUUAUUAUAAUUCUGACCUUUAUGAUCCUGAUUAUAAUAUUGGACUUGAUAGUGGAUGGGGCGGUGGUUGGGGUGGUGGAGCUGGUAGUGGAUGGGGUGGUGGAUGGGAUCAUGGAGCUGGUAGUGGAUGGGGCAGUGGAUGGGGUGGUGGAUCUGGUAACGGAUGGGGCAGUGGUUGGGGCGGUGGAGCUGGUAGUGGUUGGGGCAGUGGAUGGGAUCAUGGAGCUGGUAGUGGAUGGGGUGGUGGAUCUGGUAAUGGAUGGGGUGGUGGAGCUGGUAGUGGUUGGGGUGGUGGAUGGGAUCAUGGAGCUGGUAGUGGAUGGGGCAGUGGAUGGGGUGAUGGAUCUGGUAACGGAUGGGGUGGUGGAGCUGGCAGUGGUUGGGGUGGUGGAUGGGAUCAUGGAGCUGGUAAUGGAUGGGGCAGCGGAUGGGGCGGUGGUUCUGGUAACGGAUGGGGCAGUGGAUCUGGAAAUGGUUGGGGCGGUGGAAUGGAUGGUUAUUGGAGUGGUUAUUAUCCAGACAAUGGAUAUGGCAACGUGGGUAAUUGGGGAGUGUCUCAACCGUGGAAUUUCGGCACCUUGGAAGCACGUCCAUCUGAUCAAUGGCCCAGAAUCUACCGACCUCCCAUACUGUCCGUGUCAAACCCCGCGCUUGGCCGUCCUACCAAUAUACAAAUCACUGCAAAUGGUGAGGGUAGAGCUCCUGGUAAACAUGCCCCAAUAGGCACCUCCAAAAACGGACGUCCUUCCUACCCUGGAAUGCAAGAUGGUCUUGGGAAUGGAUACCUAAAAGCUGAUGGUUCCGUAGGCAUGGGAAGUGAAUUCUACGGGAAGAGUUCACUGAGUACAGAUGGGGCUUUACGUACUCAGUCAUCAAGUGUGGUCAACGCACCAAAUCCCAAAAAUCACAAGUAUGGCCUCUUUUCACAAAUGGUGUAAUAAAUAACAAUAUCCUAACCUCAAAUAUACAUUCCUCUAGUGAUGCAUAAUUACCUUUGGAGGUUAUGUCGCGAUUGCAAUUGAAUUGCAGAAAGAAUAAAAUUCAAUAAUAAAAUCAAA